AUCUCUGUCCUCUAAAACCCUAGCCGGCCAGCCCAGUCCCCAAAACUCAAAUCUCCCAGAAAUAUACCCCUCAAUUGCAGGAACCGCAAGACUCUCUCUAUCAAUAUGCAGCACGACGAGGUCAUAUGGCAGGUCAUCCGCCACAAGCACUGCAGCUUCAUGUCCAAAAUUGAAACCGGAAUAUUCUGUAGAAACCCUUAUAACGUUACCGGGAUUUGUAACCGGAGCUCCUGCCCUCUCGCCAAUAGUCGCUACGCCACCAUUCGCGACCACGAUGGAGUCUUUUAUCUUUAUAUGAAAACUAUAGAGAGAGCUCAUAUGCCAAACAAAUUGUGGGAAAGAGUUAAGUUGCCCAGGAAUUAUGAGAAAGCGCUUGAAAUCAUUGACAAACAUCUGAUGUAUUGGCCUAAGUUUCUUGUUCAUAAAACAAAGCAACGGCUCACUAAAAUGACUCAGAUGCGUAUACGCAUGAGGAAACUUGCUUUGAAAACACGGGAGAAAAUAAUGACAAUUCCAAGGAAGGAAAUAAAGAGAGAAUCCAGAAGAGAGGCAAAGGCUGAAACGGCUGCAGUCCUGGAAAAGAGCAUUGAGAAAGAACUAUUAGCACGGCUUAAGAACAGUGUGUAUGAUGAUCUAUACAAAGAUAUAUAUAAUUACCCUUUUGAUAAAUACCAAAAGAUCCUUGAAGGGGAAGAAAAGAAUACUGAAGUAGAAGAAGACUACGAGGAAGGUGAGCCAGAAUAUGUUGAAGGUUAUGAGGAGCUUGAAGAGGAGGAUGAUAUUGAAGAUAUGGGUGAUCUUGCAUUGAACCACUCAGAUGCAGAUGAUGAUGAUGGUGAAGAGCUAGAAGCAGGUACUGACAAGAGAGGGAGAAAGUCUCGAAAGUUUGAGAAACAUGGAGCUGGUGCCAAAGCAAAGAAACCUAGGGUCGUUGUUGAGAUGGAGCAUGAAGAUGGUGGUGAUAGACAAAAGACAGUUUAUUAAUUGCUUAUGCUCGUUUGGUUCAUCAGAUGUUUAGAAUUGUUUCUUGUGGUUGGUUGUUGCUUUUCAAAAGCUUGAUUUGGAAAGAAGGAACUUGCUAUCAUGAUCUUAGGAACCGUCCAUAGAUUUUGAUAGUAAUGAAUUAUGUUCACAGGAGAAAAGAAAAUUUUGUUAUAUGUAUUUGGAGAACACCAAUUUUACCAAGCUAAUAUCUUGAGUUUUGAGUAGGAGCCUACUCGUGAUCUAGUUGGAUUUAGUAGGCCAUUACAUAUGGUCAGUUUUCUGCUUUGUAAGCCCCUUUUUUAUUUGUAUCGAUGUAAUACAAUCAUUUUACAAUUAAGGAUUUUCAGGGAUUUUGUUUUCCUUAAUGCAUCAUUUCUUUUGUUCAUGUGGA